AUGACCUACACUCUUUUCUAUGCGCUCUUAUUCUCCGUAAUUAUCUCGGGCACAGCGCUGUACCUCACCAGAUCCCGAUGGAUCCCUCUGCUGCCAGUCCCGGAUUACAUUUAUGAUCGCCUCCCUUCCAGCUUCACCGGGGAUCUGGAAGCCGGCCUGAGUUCGUCGCAUUUCGAUAUCACAGCUAAUCUUGCCGACGGGGACUCUAGAGCAGGCCUAGACCAAAGAGCAAAGCAAGAAGUCCGAAGGAUCAUGAAAACCCGCAAGGUGGAUUUUGACGAAGCCCGGCGCAUCUAUACUGAACAACGAUUCGCACGUAAUAACAUCGGCCCUGACGGCCGCCCCCGGGAUCCUAAAUUCGUUUCGUUUUCAUGA